AUGGACCAACCCGACAAUGAUGCGAUCGCCGCUCCCUCCGCGAACCCCCCGGACCCAACUCCUAUCGCAACGCAGGAUAAUGCGACCAAACAAGAUGUCCCCAACACAAAAUCCACAAAGGAACUCAUGGACCGUGUCCUUGAUUUCCUUUCAACAUCGAGCAAUGAAACCCUCCUAGGCGUAUUUGCGCUCUUAAUGCUCAGCACCUACAUUAUACUCGGACGGGUUGGCUUGCUGCUUAUCGGUGUCAGCUUAGGUGUUGUCCUGCACGCGUCAUGGGAAGGGACUUCCCAUAGAGGAGGAAACGGGGAAACGUCUUCCAGAAAACGAAAGGAGCUUGCAUUGGAGGUUUCUCAUAGACUCUUGGACUGGCCUCAGCGCUUAGCAUCUGCCACUGCCACCGCCACUGCCGACUCUAAACCCGACAGUGGUGCCCUGGCGACCUCCCCGGAGAAUCUUUCGGAUGAGGAUCUAGAGUAUUUGACCUUUCGACCAGCUACCGCUGCUGCUUUGAGAUUGCUCACCGAUACAGUCAUCAAGGACUAUGUCAAGUACUGGUAUAAACCGAUUCUACCGAACGAUAUUAUCUUCCCCACCUCCUGCCGAAGGACCUUGACCUAUUUCGUCACAGCCGUUUCAUCUCACCUCUCCCAUAAGAGAACGGAAGACACAUUCCUACAAUUUCUCACGAACUCCUCGUCUAUAAUUAUUGUGUUUUUUAAUGAACUUGCUGCCGCAUUCACGGCUACAGGGUCUUCACCUCAUGAAGCCAAGCAAAUCGUGGACCAGUAUCUAGAGAACUCCCCCGACAGCAGCCUCGCAAAUGUUCUAUCCGAGGAGCAACAGCGCAAGAAGCUGAGCAUGAUUGCGGAUGACAUCUUGUCGAAUUAUCUUGAUGCGAACUCAUAUCGCUGCUCGCCAGUCCGAGACUUCCUAAGGGAAAUUUUUGCAGGUGUCGUGCUCGAGUCUACAGUCGCUAGCCUUUCUAGGCCUGAGGGGGCUCGCAAUCAAGGUGUUGGUGCCGGCGCAUCUAAGACCCAGACCCCGGAGACCAUAAAGACUCCCGCCGAGCCGAAGCAAGAGAAGACCGCGGAGCGUAAGUCGGAAUCAACGGACACAGCAACGGAGGAGGCAUUGCUGGAGGCGAAGCGAUUGAGUGCCUUGAUUGCUUCUCAUGAUGAGCAAAGCGUACCUUCCGAUCAAUCAAUACAUUCGGAUCGACCCGAGCGAACGAGUAUUUCGGCUGAAGCUGACAUCGAACCACCGAGUACCACCGCCAAUUCCCAUGAGCAAACCUCCACAGCCAUUGCAGAUCACGCCCCGACCGGAUCAUCCGAGCAGCCCGCCCCUGCCCCCGCUGUAGCUGCUCCACGCCAAUCCGGAGAAGACUCCCCGGCUCCCAUGAGUCUGCACGGUGCCCAAGUCCUAGUGGAUGACGACUCAGCAGCAACCGAAAGGGGCCCGAUCAAGUCACGGCCUACAUGGGAUUACCUGUUACAGGUCGAGCCGACGUCUACCCGCUCCAGUGGCUGGAUGGUAUUUCGAAAAUAUGCCGACUUCCAGUCUCUCCAUGAAAUGCUGGAGACAGUUUCACGCUUGAAUAAUAUCCAAAGUUUUUCCAGCAGGUUCCCUGCACUGCCUCCGUGGAAAGGAAAGACAAGACAAGAGCUUGCUCAUGAUUUGGAGCGAUAUAUUCAAGAAGCCGUGAGACAUGAGUCUCUUGCUGAUACUGAUCGCAUGCGACGCUUCCUGGAGAAAGAAGCGAAUCCCGGCGAGAAGAGUACUCCCAAGUCCGGGUUCUCGUUCCCUAGCCAGAGUGCCUUUGAAAAUAUGGGUAAAGGGAUGCUGGGUGCUUUGACGAAUGCUCCUAAGGGUGUUGCUGGAGGUGGCCGUGCGAUGUUUGAUGGAGUUACGGGCGUUUUUGGGGGUGGUCAUAAUCGCAAACCGACAAUCUCUGCUGAUCGACAAUCCACGCAUCAAAAGAGCCCGUCCAAGACAGAACGAGAUCUUACUCUUACCCCUAAGGAGGGUUCGGGCUCUGUCAGUGAUCUGGGCCGAGCCAAUUCUUCGCCCGUGGGCUUAAAUAUCGACGCUCGCUCUACUCCGGUAAGGUCAAGCGAGGAGGACAGACCGCGCGUUUCGUCCUCCUCUACUAGCCUAUCUUUGGAUGCAUGGAAGGAAGAGAAGCCUCAAUCGCCAGCACCGAGUGAUGUUGAUAGUAACGCCAACCCAACGAAGAUUGAGCAAAACGCAUGGGCCUCGGAGUCGACGCUCGCAUCUUCAGAGGAUGUCAAUUCCUCCGCAUCAACAGAUCGCGUGGCAAUUUCAGAAGCAGAGACGGACGGAGAGACCCGUACGCCGCAGUCACCGAAGCUUUCAUUGGAGAGUGGCACAGGCAGUGGUGCCGAAGGUGAAAGCUCGCAAAACAUCCACGAUCCCCCCCCAGCAAUCACGAUCACGGGCGCCCAUCACAGCAGACGAAACCCAAAUCGCAGUGGAACUAAUCUUCGCCGUGAUAAACGAGCUCUACACCUUAUCAUCAGCCUGGAAUAUCCGACGCACGCUGACUCGAUGAUCGAAAGCCACACCUCGGACGAUGCCCUCGGCGAGUAUAUCAAAAAGCUGCGCGAGAAUGCACUCCCAACCGAGGAAGAACUGGCUGCCUGGCCUGCACCCCCGACCGAGGAGGAGAAGACUCAACUACGAGACAAGGCAAGACGCUUAUUCGUGCAGAGAGGAAUUCCCCAAGCCCUCACGAGUGUUAUGGGUGCAGCCGCUAGUCGAGAGGCUCUUGAGAAAAUCUUCGAUAGUCUCCAGGUGGAGACUGUUGCUCGGGGAUUUGUUUUCUCUGUUAUGCUCCAGGGAUUGCGCGUGUUGACUCUCUAG